UAAAAUAAUAACACCCUGGACUUGAAGAAGGGAUGGUAAAUUUAUGUAGAUAGGGGUGUUUUAAAAUCCAGUUUAGACAUCAAUCAAAAGCGCUGUAGCUCAAAAGGAAACACAUCCCGCUCCGCUGUCAACGUCCGUCGUGCAUCGCUGACAGGCGCUUUUCUUUUCUUUUCUUUUCUUAACCUUUCUUUUCCAUGCCGUUUCUGUUGCUGGUGAUGCCCAUCUUUUCUUUGUUCCACAAGUGUUGCUAGUACCUGGCACGGUCAUGAGUUUACUUGAGUACCAGCGAAUAGGUAGAGUGCCUAGUGUUCGGCGUCGGUCGACCGUCGCUUAGCGGCCUGGGCAAGCCCCGAUCGAAGAAAGGAGGAGGGAGGCGAACGGAACUUGGAAGCCAUGGCCAAUGCCAAACCAUGCAAGCCAUGCUCAUGCUCAUGUUCCCAAAACCACGUCCACGUCUAUCCAAGAAUCAUCGAGUCCUCUAUCAAGCAUAAUCCGCACCCGCCGCCCAGCAUUCGCACUCGAUCGACUCUCUAUCCCUCGGCCAUGCGACAGUCCUAUCUUGCCCUCUGACGCCUCUGACCUGCACAAUAUCGUUACCCUAGCCGACGCCUAUCUGCCGCUGCCGGUCCAUCAGAACACAAGCCCCCGAUGCCCAGCGUUCUGCUGCUGGUAGUGAAUAGAGCGAGCAUCUUGGUGCUAGUUCCAACGCAGCCAGCGAAGCAUUCCUCCAGAAUCUUUGCCUCAGCUUGCGAUGAAGACCUCAUCUAGACCCCGAGAGAUUGGCGGGAGCUUCGCCAGCCGCCGCGGGCAUGCUCCUCAACUCUCCAUAAGUGAUACCAACCACCACGUCACUGAAGCAAUCGGAGAUAUGUAUGGAGAUGACGACUAUUCGAAACGCGACUCGCGACCUUUAAGCUUUAUCAACUCUCCACUACACGACUCGAUAGACUCCGGCGGUUUCGUUACAUCACCUCUCAACGAGUCUGCUGGGGCAGGAAAUACAUACUUCGACGGGAACAGCCAUCCUAGGGGCAGGCCUUCGCCACAUACGAAUGGAAAUACUGGGAAGAAGGCACAUACUAGUCCAGCCAUGUUACAGUCUCCCAGGAGCGGCUCGUUUAACAAGGGUGAACUGUCACCAUCGCUGUCCCUUCGAGAUAGGAAUGGCUCCGACGCAAAUUCACAGUUUCCGCUCAGCAAUAUAGACUAUGAGUCCGAUCCAGCUGCAGUCGCCCAGGAGCUCAGCAAUCUCCAGGCUUUGCGACGAAUGUCCAUGGAUGUCGGAAAUACAAGCGAUCCUGAUCUGCCUUCCUUUCAGAGCUCUCUCAUGCCAUCUGUCGCCCCUACUGGAGAUGAUGACGAAGACGAUCCCUCGCGGCUCUUCUGGGUGCCAGCAAGAGUGCAUCCGGAACUUGCACCCAUGGAAUUCAAGACAUUCCUCGAAAAUAGGGUUCAGUCUAUCAAACGACGAUCAGGAGAACAAGCGUCCUUAUCACCAGAUGGCAUAGAACGAGCUGGCUCCGUGGGUGGAUUGAGGAGGAAGAAAUCCAUGCUUUCGAGGCAGAUUGAUAAUGACGGGGGGAGAGGAGCGCUGGGAUACAAGGACGGUGCAGACCAGUUGGAGAGAAAGAAGUCCCUGUCAAAUCACCAAAUUCCGGAAUUGAAGAUAUCUGAUCUGAAGGAACUGGAUGCUCUCGUUAGAGAUCCGUCGAAAGCCAUGCAGAAACUUACUCUGGAUACCAAUUUGAGAAGGAAUAGCAAUGGAGAGGUGCCAGAAAGUGAGGAUAUGCCAAUAUUACCACAAGCUCCGGGGAUCGGUCUCCGGAGAUCUACCAGGACCACCUACAGGAGAGGGAGUUUAAGAAAGGAAGGAAGGGGGCCCAGAAGAGCUGGUACAAUGCGGGCUGAUACGGACGGGGAGGAAUCUCCUAUAGCAGCAUCACCCAUUGGAUUUCCGCUCACCAAGGUGCAAUCUGAACCGACGACCACAGAAAAUUUCUCUCGACCUCAUCGCGGCAACCGCCGCCUCCAAACCAUUUCUCGGGCAGACUCAAACAAUGAGAGCCCAGAGACUAGCACUCCAGACAAUGGGAAAAUCGACUUCUUCUCAAUGGAUACCAGCGGACCAGUUCAAACGUCAUCACCGACCUCAUCAUAUCCCAGAAACAAUUCUAUUCCUAGAAAUGAUACGCCAGUUCCUCGUAUCAUAGAAACUCCACCACCAACAGAGGAGGUUGAGUCAGCACAACUCAAACCGGCUUUGCAGUUUCCCGAGAGGUCUUCUUCACAGGGUCCUCCUCCUUCAGUGCAGCAACAAAAGCAAACUUCUCCCGAACCACCAGCUCGGUCAAGUAGACGUCCUGUGCUAGACCGACAGAUGUCAAGCUCCAAUGUGAUUCAGAAGCCCAACUCAUCACAGACUCUCAAUGAAAUGGCGCAAAACCCAUCUCCACUGCCAGGCAGUAAUGCUAGGACGGAUACUCUCACAUUCAUUCCUACCGCUGAUGAGCGGAAACCUGACAAGAAAUCUAAGAAAGACAAGGAUGAUUCAGAGACUGGUCCACGAAAGACGAGCUGGGGUUGGUUUAAGGGUAGCGAUGAGAAGGAGAAGAAAGAAAAGAAAAAGGAGGAGGAUCACAAGGACGGUAAAAAGGGGAAAGGAAAAGCGGCGGUCGACAAGGCACACGAUACAGCUCGCUUAGACGUGCUCCAAGCGACUUUGGAUACUGGUACCACGAGAGGAAGAGAGAGCAUCUUGCUGGAACGUGACAAUACCGACUACAGGCUCCAAGACGAGAGAAAGAAAGAAAGUAGUCGCAAAUCUGGCGCAGAGAACAAGAAAGAGAAGGACAGCCUCUUUUCCUCAUUCUUCGGAGGGGGUAAGAAGAAGAAUGAUCGUGAUUCUGGUGGCAAAAAAGGCAGCUCCCUGCGAACCCUUUCCCCAGAGCCUCCACCUCGUCAGCUCAAACCAGACAUCGAUUAUAACUGGACGAGAUUCUCCAUCUUGGAAGAGAGGGCGAUCUACCGAAUGGCACAUAUCAAGCUGGCAAACCCCCGUCGGGCGCUGUACAGUCAGGUUCUACUGAGUAAUUUCAUGUACUCGUAUCUGGCGAAAGUGCAACAAAUGCAUCCUCAAAUGCAAAUUCCCCAAUCCGCACUGCAGAAGAAACAGGAAGCAGAGCGAAGGCAGAAAGAGCAAGAACAGCAACGGCAACAGCAGCAGCAGCAAGAAGGAGGGGAGCAGUACAGAUAUGAUUAUCAUCAGGGAAUUGCUCAAUAUGCUGAACCCACCCAAGAGCCUGCCAAACCUGACGGUGUCAAUUAUGUCGACGACUCUCAGAUCUAUGACUAUGACCAUCAGGAUGCGGACUCUUCUCAAAGUCAACAUUCCAACCGGCCUGAAUCUCGAGCCUCGCAACAUACCCAAGAAAAUGGGUAUGGUGAUCAGAAUCAGUACGACCGAAAUGGCAAAGACUUCUACUCUUAUGGUCGCCCAGAACAACGGCAGCAGCAGAAGCAAGAGGACGACGACGAUGAUGAUAUGUGGUGAUUAUACUGUAGCUGGGGAUGUAGCAUUGUUCUUUUAUGCAUAUAUGAUGGAGUUAUUGGCGUUCCUCAACGCCAGGAUGGAUUUGGGCGGUUGGUUCGGUGUCCGAGUGCUCCUCUUGGGGGCAAUUAGUCGUUGAAAGCAUAGCGUCUGGUGGGCACUUGUGUUUCUGCAUGGAUCAUCGUCUCUAGGUUGAGACUGUCAUAAUGCCGUCUGCAGGUUUGGGGAAAGCAGGGCGUAGCAUGUUAUUGCCCGUUUAUAUGUACAAUAAUCUAGCUUCUGGACGGAGGAGGCUGGCGGAUUGGAGACCGGUGAACAUCCUUCAAGCCAAAUUUAAACAUUCAUUACGCCUCUUCUAUAAUUUCAAGACAUGGUCUGUCUUUGAACUAUCCGGAAGUGAAUCUCUGUCGGGUAUGGGCAGUCGAGCUUUCAGCAUCUCGCAUGUAAUGUCACAAUUUUGGCUGAAUGUGAAAGUUGCGAACCAUUGAAUAAUUUCUGAGUCAGGAAUAUGCUUCAGAGUUUCCAGAGUAAUAAGAAAAUAGUAGUAAUCAGAUUGUCAAUAAGUGAAAU